UUUCUUUCCUUGUCCCCUCUCUUUUUAUAUAUAUUCAACACAUAAACCAUGGAUAGUCAAUCAGAGUCGACGAUCAAACUACCUUCCUUUCAGAAAGAUCUUCAUGCAUUGAAAGAAGAUAUUGCUUAUUUAUCUACGAAACCUGAUCCUUAUAUUGACAAGAUAAUCAAUGCACACAAUACUACUAUACAACAGAAAAAACAAAUGAUCACCACCACACAAGAUACCAUUGAAACUCUAAGAGCUUCCAUAAAAGAACGCGAAAAGGACAAAGAGUAUUAUGAAACAAAAUUACCGGCUAUGAAAGAACAACUAGCUAUAUUGGAAACAGAGAUUCGACAGCAUAAGGAACAAAACAACGAUUUGGAAGUCAAAGUAAAACAAGCAAGAAAGGAUCAUCAAGAAUUGAAACAAAAAAUCUCAAGGCAACAAACAGCUCUGGAAGCAAGUAAACGAAAUCUUGAUAAGCAACAACGACAAAAUCGACCGGAAUUAGAAGCGUGUAUCAAGAAAACAGGCCUGACCAUUCAUGCUUUGAAAGAAAACUAUUUAAAGUUUGAUUUCACUUUAAUAGAUAAAGAUCAACCUGACAAGGUAUUCUCUUUUGUUUUGCAUAUGACAAAAGGCUCCUAUCAAGUGCCAGAAUGUAAUCCUAUGCUACCUAAUUUGAAUGAUCUAGUAAAAGAUUUACAACAACAUUGUGAUCCGUUCCUCUUUGUCAAAUUGGUUCGUCAAGGUUUUUGUAGUUUAUCAUCAUCAUCAUCAUCAACAACAUCAUCAUAAUCCUUCGUCUAAUUUAGUAUUAUUAUCAAUAUUCUUCCCGUGUUUAUAGCAUUAUAAUAAAGAGUCUUGUAUUUUGAUCAUG